AUGUCCAAAACAAAUUUCAAACGAUGUCUUGAAGCUGAUAAGAAAGCAGCUAGCUUAAAUUUUACUGCGCUAACAAGUCAUCUGAAAGAAAGUACUACAAACUGUGAGUAUGUUGAAGUGUUGCAACAUCAAGAUUUUACAAAUGUGUGUACCCCAUCAAAUGCUCAAACUAAUCAAACUACAAUGUACCCCAGUUUACCAGACAAUUUUAAUCGGUCAAAUGAAUUAGCUACAGGCUUAAUUAAUAAUCCAAAUCAACCUAUUAGUGCUGAAAGUAAAACACUUAAGGAUAAAUUACGACAGUUAAUUUGUGACUUUCAUAUUUCACAUAACUGUGUAAAUAAACUUUUGGAAAUUCUUAGAUCUGAAGGACUUGAUUUGCCAAAAGAUGUAAGAACUCUAUUUCAAACCCCCAAGAACCAUGCAAUAAUUAAUGUUCAUCCUGGUACAUAUAUUCAUAUUGGUAUAGAAUUUAUGAUACACCUAUUUUACUAG